CGACUUUGACAUCGUCCGACCGAAGGCCACUCUAAAGCCCGACCUGCAACCGCCAGUAUUAAACCCCGCUAACGGAACGCGCCCCUAGCCAUGGCCCACCCGAGUCAGGCGAGCCACCAGAAACCAAGGUAGAAUCCGGCCCCCCUAAAAAACAGACCGACAUGACAGCCGACCACGGUGUAAAAACAGACACAGAAUAUUAAACAAUAUUAUGUAUACAUUCAAAGUUGAUUAACGAAAGUGCGACGUAGGAGUGCCCGGGCACUCACGUGUGUAAAUACGUCGAUACGUGUGUGAGUGUCCCCCUGGCGGCCUUCUGCCUAAAUUAGUCAAUUAACCCAUGUGACAUAAUUAUCAAACCCUUGUGUUGCGUUUUUACCCCCACCAGAGCAGUCCGGCAAGAGACGAACAGUCGCUGGUGUGACGUAAAAUUUAAAUGAAAUAAUUCUUAAACAUACUAACUUCAAUUGGUAGAAGGGACGAGUGACCUUAAUCCAGCCUUAAUAAUUAAUGUAAGAAUUUAACGCCCUUAAAUUCUCUUAUUAACACGUCACAUUAGAAACUAACGUAAUGAGGUCAAACCUGGCGCGAGGGCCACCGAGCCUUGGCCGGCCACCAUGACAUGACGCCAGUACAGCGCGACUCGUGGACCGGGGCGGACGCACGUCCCACGGAGAGACAUCAUCCAUUGUCUGCAUUGAAAUCACUUGUGGUAAUUAUAGUCACUUCUUCGAAACCCCUUUUUAAUUAUCUCUCCGUGCGUACCCGGUCCAAUUUUCGGUCCAGGACUUAAUCCGGCCGCAUAACUUUUAAAACCCCCUGCACCACACUUGGUCUGCGGGGUAGUUUCAGCAUACGGCACGGGCCGCCUCCCGAAGAACAGAACUUUAAUUAAAACCAGUCGCUCUGGCGCUGACCCCAACCCGUAAGGGAACUUUGAGCGAAUUUAGCUGCGGUCCGCGCUCCACUACAGUGGACGCGAACACCGCCUCGCGAUGUUGUUAUACGGGAUUGGCCGCCUCCAAUCGCCUUCACCCCUCUUUUGAGCAACCAGGCUCAGAAACGCCUAGUGCCACGCUAAUACGUAAUAAUUAGUAACUUUGUGCGAUGCCUUGAUUCUAAAACGUUUUCUUUUGUGAACUUGUGCGACGUGUCUCCGCGUAACAUUUUUUAUGAACUUGUGCCACGUCUUAUUACGUAACUUUCAAACUAUCCUUGUGUAAUUGUGUAAUUUCUGUAUUGUGUGACGUCACCUAUUGUACGACGUGGCGUGUAACCAACGGCGUUACACCUAAACCACAGUCGCAUGAAUAAAUGACACACGUCAUUUGUUGCAUCACUUCAGCGUAUGAUUACUCAACCCGUCGACUCCCAACCACCGCCAAGUAGGGAAUUCCUCAGACCCACGCAACAUCGCCGACGGUCCCAGUGGGCCACGCAGGGCAAUCGACCCCACGACCCACCUAUCGACUAGAAUCAGAGCUAGUCUGGCGCCCACCCGGACACAUUACAUUCACAACAGCCACUCCCGCUAGGAGCCGCACCGGGACUCGAGCCCGAGACCCCGGACGACGGCAACUUCAACUCUAACACUCUAUGCAUCUCCUUUAGCUAUUUGUAUCAUUCCAUCUAAUAAUUGGCACAAUUUCGGGAUAUCUUUGGGAGCCUUAAAGUUAAAGUGGCCCACUGUAGUAUCAUGUGGUAACAUACUGUGAACCUUGUUUCCAAUCUGGCAGCCUCCAUUCAUUCUACACUAUAGUUACCACCAUGAAGUUAAAAAAUACAAAAAAAUUGUGUUUAGCCAUCUGUUUUCCAUGUGCCCAGGUUUUGUGUGCAUAUAAAAAAAAGUAUGGUUCCUGUCAUUUUAUUUUUGGUGUUUAUCCCUGACACUGAUUGGUGAAGUCACUAUGCCAUGUAUUUGUAAGUAUAAUAGACGAUAGCCACAAAAAUUAACUACUGGGCAGCCCGUCCAUGGUUGAUAUCGUAUAUUUAUUCUAAGGUUAGAACCAUAGGUUAAAUAUGUAUGUAUACCAUAUAUGCAUUGAAAAUGUUUAAGCCCAAGAUUGAAUUGGUUUUUUUGGCUAUAAAACUGUAAAGACAUGUGUCAUGGCGGAUACAGCUGGUCUGCUGUUGAUGUUCUAAAAUCUCGUAUCACGUAUAUAAGAUACAAAUUUUUAUGUACGAGUUCCAAUGCUGUAAGUUUUAAGUAUUUCAUGACAAAUGCAUAUUAAUAUGUUUGGUGUUAAAAUACUUACUUUUUCUAUAAUUUUAACAAGAAAAUGUGUUUGUUGGUUUAUCAUUUACAAACGAUCGAACGUGUCAAUGUUUACAACAGCUUUUUUUAAAAUUGUUCGACAACCGAUUUCAAAUCGUAAGCUAAUUUGUAUCCUCAUGGGUAGGAAUAGGUCUAUAUAGUAUUGUUAGUCUAUGGCACACUCUCACCCACUUCUUUGGAUUUGCCAUUACAUCUUUGAUCCAGUUUUUGACAGCCAUCUUAGUUUUUUAAAAUGUAAACAAUUUUCAGGUUAUGAGAUGAGACUGAGAACGCUUUCUUUGAGGAAAAUUAAGCAAUCUUCAUGUAGUGAGACCCUCAGAUUAUCCAUUCAUUAAGUAUCACUCUGUAAAUUAGACUCUAGGCCACAUGGGGUGACAAGAGUUUGAAUAGCACAUGUUCAGGAAAUGACCACGUGUAGGGGAGAGUGGGCCAGAGUGAGACAUGGGGUACAGUGAGACAUGUCUUUUAACUCCAACUAUUAUUAAAUGGAAAUUUCUUUCAAUAUUUCCCAUGUUGGUACCCUUCAUGACCUCCAUUUUUAUUAUGUUUUAAUGUUGAUGACACCUGAUAUUAACCAGAUAUUUUAAAGUGUUGGUUUUCAGUCAUGACACGCAACAGGAAGAGAAAAACAACUAUUGGAACAUUUAAAGAAGAUGACAUGAGAGCAGCUGUAAAACUUGUGGAGGAAGGCUUGUCAGUGCGAAAAGCUGCAAAAACUAAAGGUUUAGCUUUUCAGACACUUCACAGGUGAGGCUUAGUGCUAUGAGAUUCAGGCCUACUUAUGGUUUAUAAAAUAUGUCUUUCUCAACAAAAUUGUUUCGUGUUUUAGGUAUGUGAGAAAAAAGAUGAAUAAUCCCUAAAUGGCUAACAUGAGAAUGUGUCCCAAGUACAACAGUCGCCAAGUGUUUAACACUGAACAAGAAAGCGAGUUGAAAGAUUAUCUGUUAACUUGUUCAGCUAUGUGUUAUGGCCUGAGUUUGAUGAACUGCAGAGAAUUAGCAUUUGAAAUUGCAUCAAGAAAUGGUAUUGAUUGUCCCGAAACAUGGAAAAUCCAAAAGAAAGCUGGAAUAGAGUGGGUCCGGGGUUUUUUGAAGAGGCAUCCAGACUUAUCCCUAAGGCAGCCAGAAGCUUGCAGUUUGUCACGUGCUACAUCAUUUAAUAAACACAAUGUGGGGCUGUUUUUCGAUAAACUUGAGACUGUGCUUAAACGAUCUGACCACUUCUCCAAUGGAUUGCGUAUUUUCAAUUUUGAUGAAACUGGUUGCAGCACUGGUCAAAAACCAACCAAAAUCAUUGCAGGAAAAGGAGUGAAGCAAGUUGCAAAAGUAACAAGUGGCGAGAAAGGCAGCCUCGUCACAUCAUGUUAUAUUGUCAACGCAGCAGGGAAUACUCUUCCUCCAGUCAUCAUCUUCCCAAGAAUGCAUUUUAAGGAACAUAUGCUUCAUGUUGCCCCCACUGGAAGUCUUGGCCUCGCAACACAGUCAGGUUGGAUGAAUGGUGAACUCUUUGUUGAAGUUUUGCACCAUUUUGUGAAGCACUCAUUUUCCUCGCUAGAAAAUCCCGCUGUUUUGAUACUGGACAUUCACGAGAGCCACUUGAGUAUAGAGGCUAUCGAGUUAGCCAAGGAAAAUGGGGUAACCAUUUUAACAAUUCCUCCUCACUGCAGUAAUCGCCUUCAACCACUUGAUGUAUCAGUGUUUGCGGCCUUCAAGUCUUUCUAUAAUGCUUCGGUUGACUCGUGGAUGAUGAGAAACCCUGGAAAAACAGUUUCGAUAUAUGAUGUGGCAAGUUUAAUUUGUGAAGCACACGAAAAAGCAAUGACACCCGCAAACAUCACACCUGGAUUCCGCAAAACAGGAAUUUUUCCUUUUAACAGGAAUGUGUUUUCAGAGCAAGAUUUUUUGGCAAGUGCUGUGACUGACAGGGAAAUUAGUCCUACACCAGAAGCUACGAGACCGUGCAGUAGUAAAGACAUUCCAAUCCACAAUUCAAUGGUGACGACUGGAGAUGGACAUUCUGAAGAAAAUAGCUUGACACCUAGUUACAUAAGCCCAGUAAACAUACAUAACUAUCCCAAAGCAGGAAAGAGAUUGGAGUCUGCUAAUAAAAGGAAAAAGGGAAGAUCUUUCAUUCCAACUGACACACCAGAAAAAAACCAACUUGCUCUUCAAUACCAACAUAAAAUGAACAGCAAGAGAGGUCUAUUCAAGAAGUGUGACCCUAUAAAAAUAAAAUUCACUGAGAUUUCAAAUGAAGAUGAAGAGUUUUCUGAAUCUGAUGUUUCUUCAGACAAUGAAGUAAUACAACUUCAAUCAUACGACCAACUUGCGAGGAAGCCUAAAGAAGUUGACUUUGUCCUGGUAGAGUUUUCAGGAAAAAACACAAAAUUUUACAUUGGGGAGGUGCUACGAGAAAUAGACAUUGAGGAUUAUGAAGUCAAGUUCCUGAGAAAAAGUGAAAAAAUGUGGAGGAAGUUUUUUUACCCAUAUGUUCCAGAUAUUGCAUCAGUUGCUACAAAAGAUAUUAGAGCAUUAUUGCCUGUUCCUUCUGAACAUGGAAAAACCAAAAGACAAAAGUCGUACCUCAAAUUUUGUGUAGAUUUUGGACGGCUGAAUGUUCUAUAAAUUUUUCCUGGCAUUUAUGUUGAAGUGCAGUGAUUGUUGUUAGGUAAAUCUGAUUGUUGUAUAGCGUAUUCAGUUUGUCUCACUGUGGACCACUGUCUGUCUCACUGUGGAACAUCUGUGGGGUACAGUGAGACGUUUGAUAUGUAAUGAAGAAUUGCAUUUUCUAAGAAAAGGUCUCAUAUAUUACGGAAUUUAUAGUUUGCAAUAAUAAAGAGCAUUAAUCAGGCUAUUUUUUGGCAUAAGAGGAUGUCUUUAAAUGUAGAAAAGUAAACAGUGAUUUCAAAUAAAAAAUUUUGUGUCUCACUCUGGCCCACCCUCCCCUAGUACUCAAAAUGUUUACCCAAUAACAGACUUUCUUAUGUUGCGGUACUGAGAGUGGCAAAGGGGUUGGAUAGGAUUUGUAAAUUUACAGUGUAUAAGUUAGUGUGCUACAGGAACAAUACAUGGCCCGUUUUUGUGAAUUGUGAGGAUUGAAGUGGACCACAAGAACAUAGAUAAAGAGGUGUUGCGUAGCAUGUGUCAGAUUUAUGAAGGAAAUGUGAGGUGGGGAGACUUAAAAGAGGGAAUACAGCAGGACGUGACGGUAUUGCUCUUGGUGGGUUGAGGGUAACAGGGCAGGUGGAUGUUUGCAGGGCAUUGGUUAGGUAUCUGAGCAAUCAUUAGAGAAGCAAGAUGAACUGUACGAGGAGGCUGAUAAAUUAGUAGUAGCGUGGGUUUUGUAGGGCAUUAUCGUAGAAUACACAAGUGGCUGGGUUACUGAGCAUUUGGUGGAGGCCGUAAAUGUUUGGUAGGUGGAUUUGGAGAAGACCUUCGUUAAGUUGUUGAAUAAUGGGUUCAUGAGGAAGGUGGACAGUCUUGUGGAGAAUAUAAAGGUGGAAUGGGGGAGGGGGAUAGAGUUUUUGAAGGGAAAGAAGCAAAGAGUUAGAAUUUAUAAUGAAACAUCGUAAGAGGACAGGAAGAAGUCUGAGGUGUCCUGUGUGUGCUGUUAUAUUUUUAUAAUGACAUGGGUGUAGGGUUUGAGUGCAGGUUGUGGCCCUUGCAAAUGACUAUGUGCUAUAUAAGAUGGUAGGAGAAGGAUAAUACCACUGGGUCUGCUAGGGAGAGUGCUAAAAAGGGAGCAGACAGGGCACUGAAAGGAAAGGCAUAUUCGACAGUGAUAAAUCUGAUCCGGGAAUAUGCGACUGGGACCUCUUACUUGAAACAGAGGUAAAGGAGUUCGAGAAAGUGCAGCAGAGGGUAACAAGAUGGGUGACUGUGAUCUGGAAGAAGGAUUAUGAGAGGAAAGGAGAGACACAUACACCAUCAGUAAUGGUUAGUGAAUCUGGAAUGGAGCACUCUUCAGGGGAGAAGAUGAACGGAGAAGCUGUUACGGCUUUUACAAAUAUUUAUAGGGGGAUCCCUACAGAGUAGGCUUUAGAAAGAAGGAAGGACGGGAGCAUGAGGGAAAAAUGUAGAACAGAAAAGUAAAAAAAAAACAUUAAUUGCUAGUUAGGACAGAGAGGUAUUGGAAUUAUUUGUUUGGGCAGAUAGAGGUUAUGGAUGCGAGGGCAUUUAGGAGGACUUUGCGAGAGAAAACAAAGGUAGUUUGGUGUGAGCGAGGGUGUUGGGAAGCUCCUAGCCCCCUGACAGAUCGCCCAAUUGCAGAAUAAAUAAAAUAUAAUUAAAAUUAAACUGUGCCAUGUGUCCAUACCGGUGGAAAUGCUGUUCUGUUACGCGUCAGUGGGAA